UCAUUCAUUCAUUUUAGGCUUGCUUGCUUCUUGCUUGCUACGAGGAGUAAAUUGAGCUUGAGGCGCAGCGCUUCGAUAAAAUCAAUUUUAUUUAAUUUUCUAUGAAUUAAAUUUAUGUGUUACUAUUUCGAUUCUAUCGUAUUAUGAAGAAUGGAAUGUACACAUUUAUUAGAUAACGUCAAGGCAGAUAGUUUCAACGUUGAGGAUACGACGAUCACAAAGAACUUCAAUUGUUCAGAAUGUGCUGCCGAAGGACAAAACUGGUUGUGCCUGCAUUGUGGAGCGGUCAACUGUGGUCGCUAUGUCAACGGACAUGCAAAGCUUCAUGCAGAGACAUCAGACCAUCAGCUCUGUAUGAGCUGUGAUGUCUAUUCAGUUUACUGUUACAAAUGUGAUGACUAUGUAUCAAAUGAUUUGGAAUAUAAUCCGAUAGAUAAAAUAAGACAAAGUAUUAUGCAACUUAGAAGGCAACAUGAUGUAGAAAGUAAUGGUAAUUUGGAACAGAGUGAAGAUAACAGCAAGGAUGGCAGUGAAGGUGGCAACAGUAUGAUGUCUAGUACUUCUGUGUCUGACAAACCAGCAUCCCCAAGCGGGAGUGGGGAUGAUUCCAGGGCUGCGGAAGUUAUAUCCGCAGUCUCUUUUGGCGAUGAACCUAAUCUACCAGAAACAAGUGACAGUAAACCUGCUAAAAGUAUUAAGAAUGCUGAGGAGCCAGUGCGUAGUCUAAGGCCUCGUUCCCGCAAAAGAACUCACUCAGAUGACAGCAGCUCCACAGAGAACAGUACGACACAAACACCUAGAAAUAAGGAAAAGAAAUCGUCACCAUGCAAUGGAAAAACUCAACGAGAGAAGAAAGUAGUAGGAUUAAAAAAUUUAGGCAAUACUUGUUUUAUGAAUGCUGUACUCCAGAGUCUUAAUAAUAUACAGGAGUUCAGUUGCUAUUUUAGUCAGUUGCCGUCUUUGGAAAUGAAGACGAAUGGACGCAAAGUGUACCACUCUAGGAGUUACACACGACAGGAGAUGCACGAUGUUGUCAUGGCUGAGGAACUUAGGAAGGUGUUAAUAAAUUUGAACAGUGGUUGUGGUUCGAAAGGUGCGAUCUCCCCGGAAUGUCUGUUCCUUGUGAUCUGGAAGGUUGUGCCCAGGUUUAGGGGAUAUCAACAGCAAGAUGCGCAUGAGUUCCUUCGGUACAUGCUAGAUAGACUACACACGGAGCUGCAGCAGUUGUUGCCGGAGCGCACGGAGGCGGGGUUCGUGGCGCGGUCGCCCGCCGCCUCCAUCGUCACCGCGGUCUUCGGCGGCACGCUGCAGAGCGAAGUACGUUGUUUGGCGUGUGGCACGGAGAGCAAAAAGUUUGAUCCCUUCUUAGACCUUUCUUUAGAACUACCGGAGACUGGGCGACAUGACGCGCCUGUCGCAUUGGCUGACUGUCUCUCGAGUUUCGUACAGGUGGAGGAACUAGCAGACACGGAGCGUUACUUCUGUAGCAGUUGUAAGAGUAAACAGAAGUCAACCAAACAGUUCUGGAUACGUCGACUACCCAACGUGCUAUGUUUACACCUCAAGAGAUUCCGGUGGCACAACUACUUCAGGACUAAGGUGGACACGAGCAUUACAUUCCCGCUGCGCGCGCUGGACAUGUCCCGCUUCGUGCUCUCCAACGUGCCCGACACACGCCGCUCCGGCCUCGGGAACAAUCUCUACGAUCUCGCCGCAGUCAUCGUGCACCAUGGCUCUGGAGCCGGUUCGGGUCACUACACGGCCUUCGCGAUCAACGAGGAGCAAUGGUUUCACUUCAACGACCAGACAGUGCGCGCGGCGGACGCGGCCGCGGUGGCGGGCUGCAAGCCCUACAUACUGUUCUACAUACGACGCGAGCUCGCACUGCCGGCCUUACCCACCACGUGACCUCAAACUCCACUCUCUCCUCAAGUAGAGAACUGCACUGAAGCGGACUUCACUAAUUACCAAUAUGAUGCUUAGAAGACAAAUCUUGAAAGAGUAUGACGGAAAAGAUGUUUGCAGUGACUUAGUGGACGACGCUCCAGUGAUUAACCACCUAAAAAUUAUAUCUCAAGUCUCUAAGAAAAGAGUGUAGGUACUCCUUUUUUAAAACUCCUUUGGCGUUGCGGUAUGUAAGCAGCGCUGAUCGCUUACCGUCAUGUGGUCUGUCCUCGUUUGAUCCCAUUCCAUAAAAAAAAAAUACCGAAGAACUUAAUUUCAUAACAGUUCUAAAUGUUUCCUCUAAGCAACGUAGGUAAUUGAUGAUUCCCUUCUUUGGAGUUUUGGAUAACGAUACAAGGUCACAUGCGCCACCUUUGAUUUUGUGGAUGAGGGCUUCACAACGCAAAUAUUACGAUCAGUUGGUAGAGUGACACGUGAAGAUUUAGUGAGUAGUAUGUCCAAUCGUUUCCACAAGUGUAUGGUCUACUAUAGUAUAACAAAUGCAUAUCUAUGUGUGACAGAAGCCCUUGUAAUCAUCGCCUAAAACUUAAUACAUUAGUUACUUUUCUUUUCUCGCCUCUAGACAGGUCGACACGAGGAACAUAGGCCUUAUUGUAGCUGUAACUAGGUCAAUACAAACAAUGAAAUUAUUUAUUCACCUGUUAACAUACCGUGCUAAGAUAUAAAAUUGUGUGAUAGUGUAUUGCAGUGAUUUGAACGUUUCAUAUUCGAGUAUUUUGAAAUUUAAUCAUGUAUUAUAUUUACCCGUGAUUAUUUACUUAUUGAAUUUGAAAUUUUACCCUAUACAUUUUAAAGUCCAUAUUACGGCGGCAUUCCUGUAGUUUGAUUGAGCAGGUCUCAGUGUUUUGUAUGUUUGCUAUUAUUUACUAGAUAUGAAAUAUGUAAUUAUAAGCCUCGUUAAAUGAAAAUGGCCGUGACUUGCGUAAACUAACAUUACUAUUGAUGGUCACCUUUGUUGGAUAACAAAUAAAUGUGCUACGCUCGAUGCGACCUUUUUCAUUUCGGCCAUACUUUUUCUAAUAUUUCAUCAACUUUUGAAUAUAUAAAUGGUAAUAUGGCGCGUAAAAUUACAAGAAGCACUAUAUUUUGAUUCUAAUAGUGUUUCACCUUUUGCUGAACAGUUACAUCGAGUUUACUAAUGAAGUACUAUCCAUACAUGCUGCUUUUGCCCCUAAUUAAAUGAUGCUAUGACAUUAGCAAAGUAUCGAUGUAACAAAGUAUUUUGUAGCACUUUACUCCUAUAGUCGAUAAAUAUUACGUUAUAGAUAUAUUAAUAAAUACUCAUACAAAUUAAAUAGUCUAUGCAUUUGUUGAUGAAUCAUUAUUAAAUAGAUAUUUGAGCUUGACAUACGAGAUGUGUUAAGGCUAAGGUUAUAAAGAAACAGUAUGUAUUUUGUAUAAAAGCGUGAUCAUGUAUUGCUGAAGUUAGGACGGUUCUAGUGGAUGCCAUACUUACGAUGCAUUUCACUUUAUGAUAGUUUGAAACUGGAUUUCUUUAGUUAAGGCUCUGUUUGCAGUACUAAUUGUAUGAUACUUUACAUUCCUCAUUGCACACCCACGCCAUCUACAUUGAUAGAAGUAAACAAAUAGAAAACACUACAUAAGAUAAAAAAAUGUGAUGUUAUUGGUCAGUAUGAUAUGUAGAUGGGAUGGAUGUCAACACCCUAAUGGAUUGUGAGAUUUAUAAUUAUGACGAUUGACGUUCUAUUUUAAUAAAGCGUAAUGUGUUUUAGUAUGCUACUGAAGGCCCAAGUGUACUCCAUUUUGAAGAUAUUAAACUGUAUUGGAGUUAUUGGUUCAAGGUGUGUUCGGGUAGAUUCAAGAUUUUCAACAAGAUGACAAACAAAUAUUAUGUACGUAUUUGAAUUUUUAAACAACUAGAACUUAUAAUUCCGAUGCUGUUAAUUUAUUAAUCAUCAACUUUAUCAUCGGAGUUGACUUCGUAAUGGCGUCGAAAUGCUAAUUACUGCACUUGGGCUAACAGUUAUAAAAAAUUGUGCAAGAUUCUGAUCUUGAGAUGUAUCUCUGUUUAAUUUUGCUACUUAAAUAAAAACUGAAACUUUGUACGCUAUUAAAAUAGGAAAUUAUGCAUUACGAGACUAGAUGAUCGUUUUGUGUGUAAACCAUUGUGAUAGUAUAACAUGGUCUGUGUGUAUGUGUGUGCAUACAGAUACAAGCUGAAUUAUUUUUGUGUCGUGAACUCUCUUUUGCAAGUACCUUUAAUAGCAGGUUUAUUUUGUGUAAGUACUUCAAUUACUGGAAGUUGAUAGUGAUUGAAUUUAAUAAAUUCGCCAAUUAAAAA